AUGGUGAGGAUGCUGCUCAAACACCUGUCCUCUCCCUUCCCAGGCCCCAGUGUCCCUGCCCCAGAUCUCCUCACUCUGGUCUCCUCUCUUCACCUGCAGAUGCUGUGGCUGCUGUUCCUGACCCUCCCCUGCCUGGGGGACUCUGUGCCCGUGACCUCAGGGACUGAGCUGGUGGGCAUCCUAGGGGGGCAUGAUGCCCCCGCUGGCAAGUGGCCGUGGCAGGUGGGUCUGUGGUAUUUUGAUCUAAAUUUCCAGUGGAGGUUAAUUUGUGGGGGCUCCCUCAUCCACCCCCAGUGGGUGCUGACCGCGGCCCACUGCGUUGGAAGGAAAAACUUAGCACCUUGGCACUUUCAGGUCCAAGUAGGACAAGUGAGACUCUCGAACUUGGGCUAUGUGCAGGUGGCUGAGGUCAUCAUCCACCCGGGCUACAACUUUGCAGAGGGAGCGCUAGGUGGGGCGGAUGUGGCGCUCCUCAGACUAACGCACCGCGUGACACGGUCUGACAGAGUCGACUGGAUCACCCUCCCAUCAGAGUCACUCACAGUCCCCCCAGGCACCAUGUGCUGGGUGACCGGCUGGGGUGACACUGGUGCCGAAGAGUCGCCCCAGCAUCUGCAGGAAUUAGAGGUCCCCAUCGUGGCAGAUGACACCUGUAAGCAGCAAUACUCCAGGAUCAAUCAUUUUAUCAAGGAGGACAUGCUGUGUGCGGGGAGCAAGGGCCAGGGCAUCUGCAGGGGUGACUCUGGGGGUCCCUUGGUCUGUAAAUGGAUGGGCACCUGGUUCCAGGUAGGGGUGGUGAGUUGGGGAGAGAGGCCGUGCAGUGAUAUCAACCUUCCUGGAGUCUAUGCCCGAGUGACAUGCUUCUUGUCCUGGAUUCACGACUACAUCGAUUCCUCUCCUGCCCAGGGCAGGGACAAGGAUGUUGCUGCAUGGGACAAAGACAGGCCCUUCGGCUGUUCACAGCUCCUUCCCUGA